AUGAAUAACACUGCAUUUGGUCAGAGACGGUUUUCAAUUGAUGUGUUUCAAGCUAUAUCUAUCAGUGAGGGAUGUGUAGUAACUGUAGCCAACGCCAUCGCGAUUGUUGUACUACUCCGCAAGUCUUUCCGGACCAAGAAGUCGACCUUCUUCGUACUGAGUAUGACAGUGGCAGACUUGCUGAUGUUGUUACAAUUCACUACUGUGCUCCUUGCAUUGAAUGCAUGUUUCCACUUUUCACACUGCAAAUAUCUCCCGUCAUGGGAUUCCCUAGACUCCCGUCCAGAUCCUCCAUGGUACGACAAAGCCAAGUUUGGUGUUUUUAUGCACUGGGGAGUGUACUCGGUGCCUAGUUUUGGGUCUGAAUGGUUCUGGAAUCACUGGAAACAGCAACAUUAUCCAUCAUGUAUUGAGUUCAUGAAGAAGAAUUAUCCUUCUGGAUUCUCCUAUGCUGACUUUGGCCCCAUGUUCAAAGCCGAAUUCUUUGAUCCUAAUUACUUUGCCAAGCUGGUUGCAAAAUCUGGAGCAAGGUAUUUUGUGUUGACAAGCAAGCAUCACGAAGGAUGGACAAACUGGAAAUCCAAUACUUCCUGGAACUGGAAUUCUGUCGAUAAUGGACCCCACCGGGAUCUAACAGACGAUAUGGCAACAGCAAUUCGACAGUACAAGAACAUCACAUUUGGUCUUUACUACUCGCUCUAUGAAUGGUUUCACCCAUUAUACCUGGAAGACCAGCACAACAAGUACAAAACACAGGGAUUCGUUAAGGGCAAAGUUAUACCAGAGCUCCAUGACUUGGUCACCAAGUUCAAGCCUGAAUAUAUCUGGUCUGAUGGUGACUGGGAUGCUAGCCCAGACUACUGGACAAGCAAGAAGUUCUUGGCAUGGUUAUACAAUGACAGUCCUGUGAAGGAGACCGUGUUGGUGAAUGACAGAUGGGGGGCUGGCUGUAUGUGCCAUCAUGGCUCCGUUUACACUUGUGCUGAUCACUACAAUCCAGGAGUGUUACAAAAGCACAAGUGGGAAAAUGCGAUGUCAAUUGAUAAAAGGUCUUGGGGAUACAGACGCAAUGCUACCAUCGACGAGUACUACACUACAAAAGAACUGGUUUCACAGCUAGUGACUACUGUCAGUUGUGGAGGUAAUCUACUACUGAAUGUUGGCCCCACCGCAGAUGGACGUGUGAUUCCAGUGUUUGAAGAGCGACUGCUGCAGAUGGGAGAAUGGCUUGACGUGAAUGGUCAAGCUAUCUAUGACACAAAGCCCUGGAGAGCUCAGAAUGACACAGGCAAUGUUUGGUACACAUCAACAAAGGAAGCUGUGUACGCAAUCGCUCUUGAUUGGCCAAGUUCAGGUCACCUGAUUCUCAAUGAGCCAAUCACUUCAUCCAGUACUGUCGUAACCAUGUUGGGCUCAGCCGAGCAGUUGAGAUGGGUGGCUGGUCCCCGGCAUGGCUUAGUCAUCACAGUUCCUACCAUACCCUUGCCAAAGAUGCCCUGUAAAUGGGCGUGGACUUUUAAAUUGGAAAAUAUUAGAUAAUCUUUCUAAUUGUUUUUUUGAUAAAAUAGGAUCGACAGUAGUAUAGUCGUCCACAGUAACUGGGAUUCAAAAGUAUCCGGAUUCGUUUCGCCGAAAACGCAUCACUUGAUUCGUGUCCACACUAUCGUUUUCGCAGCGUAUUCGCCUGGAUCGAGCCGUUCACACCAACACGGAUUCAAAAGUAAGAAAACUCUAAAAGGUACGGUGUGACGUUAUUUUUAUGAUAUGCGCAUGUCAUACCAGCAGACGCGUCUGCAAUAUGACCCCAUCGUUUUCAUUUUGAUACGGAUUCGACCGUCUACACUACGGACCAAAGUAUACGUAUUCAUUCUUAUUCACUUUCAACAGCGUUUUCAAAAGUAUCCGAAUUCGCCGGAUCCGACCCCUUCUUAUGGUGGACGGAAGGCCUAAACGUAUAAAAAAGUAUACGGAUUCAAACGAAUCCGUGUUAGUGUGGACGGCCCCUGAGGCAUGAUCAUUAGAUAUUCGAGGGGGAGGUUUGGGUAAUUUUUUCAUGUACGACAUUUUUUUAUUAUUGAUAUUGUUUUGACCUGUAAUUCAAUCAUCAAUAAUUGCAAUGGUCGAAUAAAAGCCAGUGUUAUUA